GUUUGGACACGCCCACUACCUUUGCCCACUAGGGCGACCUACAGACAUACAUAUUUUCAACAAACACCUCCUGUUUUCCUUCUCACAGAAGAGUCGAAAUUCACAAUUUUUAUUUAUCUCACGCAUACAGUAUAGGUCGUUCUUCGGUUCGUUUACAGUAAACAACAUAGCGAAAUAUAGCGAAAUGACGUCAUCUUUGGUAAGAGUGUUACUUAAUCGAGCAGCUCUUUCGCGUGUUGCUGCACAUAAAACAUUUAGUAAAACUAGUACGCUUCCUUCACUCGUGACUGAGCGCUACAGACCGAUCAGAAGAAUAAACACGUUCAUUCAUCCACUGAGGACUGAGGAAAAGGUGACAAUAAACUUCAUAAAUCGAGAUGGAAAAAAUAUUUCAGUGACGGCUUUAACUGGAAACUCACUACUUGAUGUUGUUGUCGACCAGGAUCUAGAUUUUGAUGGAUUUGGUGCAUGUGAGGGAACUUUGGCCUGCUCUACAUGCCAUGUUAUUUUGGAGGAGGAUGUAUAUAAGAAGCUUGGACCAAUUACGGAUGAAGAAAUGGACAUGCUGGACCUGGCUUAUGGGCUAACAGACACAUCUCGUCUGGGUUGCCAGGUGUGUUUAAGUAAGGACCUGGAUGGGAUUGUUUUGCGAGUACCAGAGAAUGUGGCUGAUGUUCGAGUGGCUAGUGAACAAGAAUCCUCCACAUAAUCCCAUCAAGACUGCAGCAUGGAGGUUUCUUUUGUAGACAGUAUUUUAAAAUGGUAAACCUUCCUAAAGUAGAGUUUAUUCCAUAAUAUUAUUUGCAUCACUAAUAUAAUAAGUUUUAUUAUUUUUUUAAUUUACUGAUUCUGCAAGUCUUUGUAUAAAACUGAAUAAUGGAUCUUCACUGAGAUUUAAAAUCGUAUACUCGAUUUAUUGUAAUAAAUGAUUGUAACUAUUUUAAA